UCCUUCCUGCUAGCCAGCACGGGUUCUGCGUACAUGUUAGCACGGUUACCCAACUGAUUGAGCAUUUAGAGCAGGUCAUUGAGGGAUUGGAAAGGCACGAGUCAGUUGAUGUUGUCUAUCUUGAUUUUGCCAAGGCCUUUGACAGAGUAGAUCAUGGCCUUUUGUUGAAAUCCAAAUGUUGAAUAAAGUUGCUGAAAAGAGAGUGCUAGCCAUUAUUACUCAGUUUUCUUGUGUGGUAACAGAAUUUCAAGGCAUUAAAAUCAUUAAGACUCGUACUUGUGUUUGUUUUCUUUUAGGCCUGAUUUGGAAAGUUUCAAAAGACUCCCAAAGUCAGUACAAGAAGUGGGAUUGAUGGCUAACCGACGUGGAACUGUAUUUGACUUUGAUCGAGACGGAAAACUGGAAAUAGGGAUGGGAGAAAUUAUGACCAAAGGAGCUUCAUUUGUCGUUGGAGUGUCCAGGACCGCGUCCAUUUCAUUUGUAAAUCCGAGAUGGUACGGCAAAUACAUCGGAACUGAACCCAUUCACGCCCCGUGGCAAGUGGUAAUCUUUUUCCCCAAAUACGCCCCUUGGGGUCCAUUCGUGAACAACCUAACGAUGCGAAUCGUGGAUUCCGGGAUCAUGGACCAUCUUGCUAGCCCUCUUAGUACGAUCAACAUAAAAGAAGAGGACGUCUUUGAAGCGAUCCGUUUGGAACAACUCCUGGCCGCCUUUAUUUUAUUGGCGGGGGGCUUGACUCUGGCCGCCGUGGCGUUUUCGUUUGAACUACUCCAGUUUCGCAAAUUUCGUCAGGCACGUUCAGGCACGCAGUGCUGAACAAUUGCAAGUAAAAUAGUAAUGUUGAAAUGUCUGCACAAUGGAUGGCAAAAGCGAUGUUUAAUUUGCAGUGCAAGUUGGUCUUUGUAAAACAUCAUUUUUCACAUCACCAUGAACGUCCUUCAUCUUUGUUGUUUUCGUGACUAAAUCGGAGGAAAUAGUGUUACAAAAGUCGUUGCAUCUUUAUUUCGAAUGAUUAUGUUUACGAACCUUUCAGCCGCUACUGAGAAAGUUUGCCCCCCUUGAAAUAAAGGAAGUAGUUAAUUUAUUUAAUCUUAUAUGUUAAAA